UGAAAACAUCUCUUCUCACAUAGCCGGACCAGAUCCCCAUGCUGCUGCGGUUACUGCUGGUCAUGUUUGCCCUGGACAGUGGUCAGUCACGCUGGCUGACCCUUCUGGCUCCCUCUUCUGUCUUUGAGGGAGACACAGUGGUUCUGAGAUGCCAGAGUGAAGAUAAUAAAAAAAUAAUUACCAUGUCUUACUACAAGGAUGGAAGAGAGUUUUUUUUUUCAAAAAGAGUCUCAAACUUUCCUAUCCCGAAUGCAGGUUUGAGUGACAGUGGCCAGUAUUACUGCACUGCUUCUGGGAAAAAUAUUUUUCACUCAUGGAAAGAAACUUCAAACACAGUAAACAUCAAAGUCCAAGAGCUGUUUCCACAACCUGUGCUGAGGGCUAACCCUUCCCGGCCCACAGAGGGGAGACCAGUCACCCUGACCUGUGAGACCCAGCUCCCUCCACAGAGGCCACAUGCCCAGCUCCAGUUCUGCUUCUUCAAAGACGGCCAAGUCCUGGGUCCAGGCUGGAGCAGGUCUCCAGAGCUCCAGAUGCCCACCAGGUGGAGCAAAGACUUGGUAUCUUACUGGUGCAAGGCAGUGGCAGUGAUUCAAAAGGUCAGAAAGCAGAGCCUCCCAUCCCAGAUUCACGUGCAGAGAGUCCCCGUCUCCAAUAUAAGCUUAGAGGCCCAGGCCCCUGGGGGGCAGGUGAUUGAAGGAGGGAAGCUGAUCCUUAUCUGCUCAGUGGCUGGGGGCACAGGAAACAUCACAUUCUCCUGGCACAAAGAGGCCACAGGAACCAGUGUGGGACAGAAGACCCUGCAUUCCCUGUCAGCAGAGCUGAAGCUCCUGGCUGUGAAGGAGAGUGAUGCCGGGGACUAUUACUGUAGAGCUGACAAUGGCCUUGAUCCUAUCCGGAGCAACGUGCUGAAUGUCCCUGUGAAAGUCCCCGUGUCUCGCCCUGUCCUCACCCUCAGGGCUCCCAGGGCUGAGGCUGUGGUGGGGGACGUGGUGGAGCUUCACUGUGAGGCCCAGAGAGGCUCUCCCCCGAUCCUGUACUGGUUUUACCAUGAAGAUGUCACCCUGGAAAACAGCUCGGCCCUCUCUGGAGGAGGAGCCUCCUUCAACCUCUCCCUGACUGCAGAACAUUCUGGAAACUACUCCUGUGAGGCUAACAAUGGACUGGGGGCCCAGCACAGUGAGGCCGUGCCCCUCAACAUCACAGGAUCUGAUGGCUACAGAAGAGGCCUUGUCAAAGCAAGAGUUCUUGGGGGGCUGUUUAGUGUCCUUAGUUCCAUUGCUGUUGCUCUGCUAUUUUAUUGCUGGUUCCACAAGAUAUCAGGAAGACGUUCUGCCACUAAUGCACCCAGAGGCCCUACCAACCCAGGCCUUCAAGAGGGCACCCACCCCAAUGUACUCACAGAAGUGGAGGAGCAGCAGCCAGAAUAUGUCAACAUGGAUCCCGUAGGUGUGAAUGUGAUUUAUUCCCAGGUCUGGAGCCUUCAACAGUCAAGAGACUCAGCAAACACUGAAAGGAUGUUUCUGGAGAAUAAGCCGUCGGGCUUCUUCUCGUGGGUCAGCAGCAUGAGGAGUAGCUCCUGCACGCUGACAUCCGUCUUCGCCGAGGUCUCCCAGCAGGCGCGAUUGCACCUCAGCGCAAACGAAGGCACGGCCCUUGGCAAUAGCGAGGCGCUUCAGGCCGGGGUAUCUGUGGCUGCCAGCGGCGUCGGUGACGUGCAGAGCGCCCACGUUGUUGUAGCAGCUCAUCACCUGGCGGUAGGUGUUUUUCAUGGUCGGCAGGUACGCAUCACGGAAGGUGCAGCGCACCCACUUCUGCACCAGCGCGCUCUUGCCCACUCCGGCGAAGCCGAUCACCACCUCGCGGAAGUCUUUGCUCCGCCUCUGGGGCAUGAAACCGCGGAUAAGAAGCAGAAUUCUGUCCCAGCUAUUUCCCCAGUUUGUUUCUGCUCAAUUUUCAAUGCUGGUGCUCAUGGGGAAUUAACCAGGAAAACUCCCAGCUGCAAGGCCAGGCCUUUUUCUGUGCUGUUACCACCUCCCAUGUACCUUCAUUGUUCUGCUUUCUGUUCAGGGGCAGCUCCAAAAGCUGUGCUUCUUCUUGAUCCUCCAUGGUCCCCCCUCUUCAAGGAAGAGAAAAUGACUCUCACAUGCAGAGGAUCCCACAUCCCAGCCCAAGGAGACACAUCUUGGUAUUAUGAAAGUCUUUUGUUGGAAGCAGAUUCCGAAAUGAUCCAAACAAAUUUGCCUGGAAAUUACCAAUGCGAGACCCAAGGGUCCUCCCUCAGUGACGCGGUGCAUGUAGGAUUUUCAUCCGACUGGUUGAUCCUCCAAGCUUCACAUCCUGUCUUUGAAGGAGACACUGUAAAUCUGAGAUGCAAGGGGAAAGAAGAAAAGAAAAUUAUUGAAAAGAUGUACUACAAGGAUGGAAAAGAACUUCAGAUUUAUAAGAACUCAGACUUCAACUCAGACUUCAUCACAGUAAAACCCUGGGACAAUGGUGAAUAUUAUUGUACUGCUUCUGGGCAAGGUUUUCUCAGACUAUGGACAGAAACGUCAAAACCUCUAAGAAUUCAAGUUCAAGAGCUGUUUCCACAUCCUGUGCUGAUAGCCAGUCCCUACAGGCCGACAGAGGGAACUCUAGUGACCCUGAAAUGUGAGACCUGGCUCCCUCCAACGAAGUCAGACAUCAAGCUUCGAUUCUGUUUCUUCAGAGGGUAUCAGGCCCUGGAGCCAGGCUGGAGCAGGUCACCAGAGCUCCAGAUCCCCACCAUUUGGAGUGAAGACUCAAGGUCUUAUUGGUGUGAGGCAGAGGCAGUGACCCCUGGCAUUAGAAAACGAAGCCAGAGUUCCCAGAUAUAUGUGCAGAGAAUCCCUGUGUCUGAUGUGAAUCUAGAGAUCCAGCCCCCUGGGGGGCAAGUGGUUGAAGGAGAAAAUCUGGUACUUGUCUGCUCAGUAGCCAAUGGUACAGGGACUGUCACAUUCUCCUGGUAUAGAGAGGGCACAGAAGGAAGUCUGGGGAGAAAGUCCCAACGUUCCCUGUCUGCAGAGCUGCAGGUUCCCAAUGUGAAGGAGCGUGAUUCUGGGAGAUACUAUUGUGCAGCUUACAACAUUUACAGCUCCAUCUACAGCAAGAAGAUUGAAGUCACUGUGAGAAUUCCAGUGUCUCGCCCUGUCCUCACCCUCAGGGUCCCUGGGGCCCAGGCUGUGGUGGGGGACGUCGUGGAGGUUCACUGUGAGGUCAAGAGAGGCUCCCCUCCGAUCCUGUACCAGUUUUAUCAUGAGGACGUCAUCCUGGGGAACAGCUCGGCCCCCUCUGGAAGGGCAGAGUCCUUCAACCUCUCUCUAACUGCAGAACAUUCUGGAAACUACUCCUGUGAGGCAAACAAUGGCUUGGGAGCCCAGCACAGUGAGGUGGUGCCACUCAGUGUCAUAGUUCCAGUGUCUCGCCCUGUCCUCACCCUCAGGACUCCCAGGGCCCACGCAAUGGUGGGAGAUGUGGUGGAGCUUCACUGUGGGGCCCAGAGAGGCUCCCCUCCAAUCCUGUACCAGUUUUAUAAUGAGGAUGUCCCCCUGGGGAACAGCUCAGCCCCCUCUGGAGAAGGAGCCUCCUUCAACCUCUCUCUGACCACAGAGCAUUCUGGGAACUAUUCCUGUGAAGCCACCAACGGUCUGGGAGUCCAGCGCAGUGAGAUGCUGCCAAUCAUUGUUACAGGACUUCCUGGGAGCAGAACAGGCCCCAUAGCUGCAGGUGUCACCGGGGGGCUGCUCAGCAUCCUUGGCCUUGCCACUGCUGCUGCUCUGCUGAGUCGCUUAAGGACCCACAAGCAACCAGGAGGAAUUUUUGCCCCUGGAACACCCAGUCCCCAGGAGUUUCAGGAGCCGUCUCUGGUCAGGACCUCCAACACAAACGCCUAUGAGCCCAGCUGCUCUGAGACACCAUUCCUAGUGGAGCUGCAGCCAGUGUACAGCAAUGUUAAUCCUGAAGAAAACAACCUGGUUUAUUCUCAGAUAUUGAGCAUCCAGCAUACAAGAGAAGAUUCAGCAAAUUCAUCAAGGAUGCAUCAGAAAGAUAAGGAAUCCCCAGUCAUCUAUGCAGAGUUGAAGAAGGCAUACCCAGAUGACUCCACAGGGGAGGCCAGCAGUAUGGACAGGGACCACGAAGAUUCUGCGGAAAACUACGAGAAUGUCCCAUGAGUAUCAUCCAGUCUCGAGCCGCUAGUCCCUUACCCAGAAUGUAUACCCCAGAGCCCCCCGGGGGGAGCAGCCUGUGCCCUUCUCCCAGGGGGCUGUGUAUAAGGUCUGCCCACUCCUCUGUGCCCGAGUCUGUGUGUCCCCGAGGGACAGGGUUGGCAGCAUUAGAGCAAGUGCUUCUUUCCUUUCACAGUGGAGAUACAUGGCCAGGCAGGUGGGCCUACUGCUCCAGGGGCUGUGGGAUUGAGGAGGAGGGAGAAACCCAUGAGAAGUCAUGACCAUUUGGCCUGUGACUGAAAGCUCUUAAGGUGCUCUCUCUCUAUAAACAAUCUGCUUCACGUGUUUUGUUCCCCUUUUUGUGUGGCCGAUGGUUGCAUUGUUGAUGCUUUCAUGCAUACGCUGUGUUCCUGUUCCCAAACUGGAAACAAUCAGAACAAGUUAUAGAAAAAGAUUUUAAGGUGACUCUA